CUUCGACGCUCUAUAUAGUGCACUACACGUCCAAUAGGGAGCAAUUUGGGAUUCAACCGUCGCCUAGAAGGCUGAAACAACACUCUUGUAUUGCUAGUGUCAGUGCUAGGGCUAGCUAGCUACGUUCGUAAGAACGGCUGUAUUAUGUGCAUGAAUUUGCCCUGUUUGGACAUUUUAUUUUGCUUUAUUCGUAUAUUUAUAUUUUUCAGGUGAUGUACAAACGUGAAGGUAGCUACUAGUACUACUAGGCUGGAUUGGUAUCAUACCAAUGUGAGCUAACGUUCAAGAAGUCUUACUUUUGCUUAGUGCAAUACAUUGGAAAUGGAAUAUAAUGUAGUAUAUUUUCAGUAUAUCUUAGAAUAUAAAAAGUGCAUACUUAAUAUAUUGCUAUUUUUGUAUGGCGAAAAGAAGAUCACCGUUUUUUAUACAUGAAAGGCUUCGUCAGCGUCUCCAUGGCCCAAUGAUGCGCCGUCACUGGCUGCUGGUCGGCGCUUGCGGAUGGGUGCUGCUUAUCCUCAUGUUCGUCAGCAAAUUCAUCAACUUCAGCUUCCGAAUGCCAGACGACUAUGGGGGAAGGCCUGUGCUGUUAAACUGGACCUCUCCAACGGUAAAAACCAUAAAACCUCUGAAUCAGCUUUCACAGAACACGGCCUCACAACCGUCUGCAGCGUCUUCAGGUGGCCCAACUCAGGUGGAGCUGUUGGACUGGGAGUCGGUGACGGUGCAGCGCUUGCAGCUUUUGUCCAGCGUUUGCAGGAACUCGUCUCUAUGGAACCUCACACACACUCCUCUACGCAAGUUCGUCCUGGACCGCAUCUUUGUGUGCGACAAACACAAGAUUCUUUUCUGCCAGACGCCCAAGGUGGGCAACACACAGUGGAAGAAGGUCCUCAUUGUCCUCAAUGGAAAGUUCUCCAAGGUUGAAGACAUACCUGAGAAUGUGGUCCAUGACCACGAGAGAAACGGUUUACCUCGCCUGUCCUCUAUGAGUGACGCAGAGAUCACAGAAAGAUUAAACACAUACUUCAAGUUCUUCAUUGUCCGAGACCCAUUCGAGCGCCUCAUAUCAGCCUUCAAGGACAAGUUUGUGGAGAACCCACGCUUCGAGCCAUGGUACAAGCACAGCAUCGCUCCCGCCAUCAUCCGCAAGUACCGCAAAAGUCACCGCGACGCCUCCGGAAGCGCCGGCCUGCACUUCGAGGACUUCGUGCGCUACUUGGGUGACGAACCAGGCCGAAAACAUCUCGACCGGCAGUUCGGAGAGCACGUCAUUCACUGGUUAACAUACGUUGAACUCUGCGCCCCCUGUGACAUUUCAUAUGAUGUAAUCGGCCAUCACGAGACUCUUGAAGAAGAUGCGCCGUAUAUACUCAAAGCUGCCGGAAUCGAGGACUUGGUAUCGUAUCCCAGCAUCCCUAAAGGCAUUACGCUCUACAACAGGACCAAGGUUGAGCGCUACUUCUCUGGGAUCAGCAAGAGGGACAUACGACGUCUUUACGCUAGCUACCAGGGAGAUUUUAGCCUUUUUGGGUACCAUAGACCUGACUUCCUGCUUGACUGAUAUUUGGAUUUAUUAGUAUGUUUGUUUGUUUUUUUUUUUAAUCAGAUGAAGUUGCUCUUAUGGCAUGUUGAACCCAUCAUGUUCUUUGCGUUGUUUACAGAACUGUAAACACCAAAUUUGAGGGAAUUCUUUUUUUUAGGUCUCUUUAUAGGGGCAAAAGAGUAGUUAUCAGACCAUUUAAAAACAAAUUGUGUCCAAGGAAAAAAAAACAACAACUUUAAAGUAAAUAACAGAUAUGUACACACAACUAAAGAGUACAUUAAUGAGACGUAGUUUUUCUUUAUUAAUACACUCCUAUUGAAAUGUCAUCCAAAUUUCUGCCUCUCAGACUCUCCCUACAGGAAUGGUUGCUUACUAAUAGAACAAUAAUACUGAGGAUUCCCAGCAUAGAUUUCUAAUAAACAUUAAAAUAUCUCAAACUGAA